AUGCCUCACCUUAGCGCACCACAGGUUCUAUCACAGCCUCUCAGCGCGUCGCCUUGGCACAGCGACUCUGCUUCCACGGCAGCAGAGACACCCCCUGCGGACGAGGACCGCGGCAUACACCGAAAACAGGUCAAGUUUUCAGAGGGCGAUGGCACCUCCGAGGACGUGCGGCAGCCCAGGAGCGACCAGGCGGAGCGUGACAAGACGCUAGCAACGCGUUGUGUGUCAGUCUUGAAUGCCACGACUGUUCGAAAAGAUGGCAAGGAAACCGGCCCCGACAUCGACCCUGUCCAGCUCCAAAGAAAGGUUUAUCAAAGUAUCCGACUUCUACGAGCCUGCUCCUUCUGCGGGAAUGAUAUUGAGCUCACUUUGGCCUAUGCCUGUGUCUACUUCCGACGGGUCCUGCCUUCCCUGAUUCAUCGCGUCGGGAAUACCGAGGCGGUUCACAUAAUUGUCCUCCUGAUCUACAUCGCUCACAGCUUUGUGCUGGACGAGUCGUGUCCAAUGGGAGAGUGGCACAAGUACGUCUUCAAGAAGUACUGCUCAGUGAAGAAGAUGGAUGCGGCGCUGUUUCGAAUCCUUCUGCUUCUAGAUUGGCGGCUGAUGGUCAAGGAGGAGGAACAGGCGAUGCUGCUACGAGCGCUGCGACCGAACAAGGAACAGUUGUGA